CACAUGAUGUGGGCCUAUCCACUAACCAUUUAACCGCACAUCUCAAUCAGAGUUAAAGUUGAAAGACGCAGCAAACCCUAGAAAAGACCUAACCCUAGUUAUUACGUCAGCUCAUCUAUAAAUUAAGGCUGCGUCUUAUCACCUCAAAUCACAAGUCUCUUAUCUUUGAAACCCUUUUUUCCUUCAAAAAAAAAAUGUCUUCAGAAGCUGAGUACCGGUGCUUUGUCGGCGGCCUCGCCUGGGCCACCUUAGAUGCCGAUCUAGAGAGGACCUUCUCACAGUUUGGCGAAGUUGUCGAUUCUAAGAUCAUUAACGAUCGCGAGACCGGAAGAUCAAGGGGAUUCGGAUUCGUCACUUUCAAGGACGAGAAAGCUAUGAGGGAUGCUAUUGAAGAGAUGAACGGAAAAGAGCUCGAUGGCCGUAGCAUCACCGUGAACGAAGCCCAGUCAAGAGGAAGCGGCGGUGGAGGAGGCCGUGGUGGUGGUGGUGGUGGUUACCGCAGUGGCGGUGGUGGUUACGGUGGAGGUGGUGGAUACAGUGGAGGCGGUGGCGGUGGUUAUGAAAGACGUGGUGGUGGCGGAGGAUAUUCAUCUGGCGGUGGUGGUGGCCGAGGUUACGGUGGUGGUGGCCGCCGUGAUGGAGGUGGUUACGGAGGAGGUGAUGGUGGUUAUGGAGGAAACGCUGGUGGUGGCGGCGGAUGGUAAUCGGAGAUAAAGCGGUUCUCUGCUCUGUUUUCGGUUUAGAUUUGGUUCCGCAUCCAUGUGUUUCCGUUUUGAUUUUGGUUAUUCUGGUUUACUUUUUUGAUGUAACAGAUCGUUUAGUCUUCUUUGCCUAAUACGAAAUGUUAAUUCGCGUGUUGUUCACUAAAUUAUAAGGUUUCUUUUGACCAUCAGAUUUUGAGUUUUUAAUUAUCCAACAUACUAAUAAUUCUUAGUCCAAUUCGCCAAUACAAGGCAAUUUGGCUAAUUUUAAAUUUAAUUUGAUAACUAUUAAUUGUGCAUCCACGCACUCGCACACUUUAU